UCGCCAAAACAGUGAAAGUACAUAAGAUGAAAUACCUAAAACUACAUUCGAAAACCGCGGCGAUAACUUACAAAAAUUCAUUAUGUUCGCUAUCGACGCUGGUAGUGUCAUUGUUGUCCCUUUUGUCAGUGUUAAUUCCGUUACUGUUAGUGACUCUGCUCAGCCCAUAUUCGGGAGUUGUUGAAAAUCGUGUCCUCUACGAGCAACCACAAUGUCGAUUUCAAUACAAAUAUUUACUUAUCGGCGAAGGAAACGUAGGCGAACUGGUAACGUGCAGCACGUUCAGUUAUUUGAAUGGCGUUUCACAUAAUUUACAGAAAUGCAGUCAAAUUAAAUAUAUCGAAAUGGACACCAACUAUGAUAUGAUUCAAGACAAAGCCAAAAUUCAACUGAAAGUAGACACGGAUGGCGACUUUCAUCUACAUCAUUUCUACAUUUUAUUGUUCUUUGAUGCGAGUCUUAAGAAAAAAUGUCACCUCCAACCACCAGCUGUACUCGUCCAACACGUGGAAAUACCAUCUAGAGCGCGAGCGUCCUCCAUAAUCAUCCUCAAUAGUAAACUCACUCUCAUUCAAAACGACGAAUUCAUUUGCCCAUUUUAUGGCCGUAAAGCCAAAACGCGCUUCCGCAAAGAAAUACUCGCAACGAAUGCAUCAAACCUGGAUUUGUUCGACAUUAAGUUUAUUUACAGCAAAAUUAAAAACAACCCCGGAUACUUCUCGCUGGAAACAAUGGAGGAAUACUACGAAAGGACAUACGAAAGCGGAAUUUCAAUAGAUAUCAACAUUGACAUCCCACAGUUGUCUGUUCGGUAUCAUUUGAGCGUUUGGGAACGACUAGGACAGUUCUGGCUCUACUUUGCAUCAUUUUUCGGGAUUUCGUUUUUAGUCGUAAACAAGUUGAAAGACUUCCUUUUCAGCAGGCAUUACCUCAGGUCGUGGGAGAUUAUUCCAUGGAAGAAAAUGUAUUGACGGAAUAAAAUAGAGUUUCCUUUAAAUUAGGAUUUUCUUUAUUAAAAACCGAUUAAAGCCUUAUAGACGUUAAUAAAGUACAUCAC